AUGCUGACCGCGUCUUGGUGCGACGACAGGUCAGGUACGUGAGAUUCGGACCCAGUCCUUCCACCGCCCCGACAAAACCUACUUCAUCUCCAACCCGGCCAGCCAUAGCUGCGGGUGCGGGCGCGAUUGUGUGCUUGGGUGCGCCAGCGCUUGCCGUUGGCGGUAGCAAUAGUAGCGGCGCGGGGGGGAAAGGGACGCACAGCUCGGAGCGGAAGUCGCACUUUGCGGGGUCGAAUGUAGCUGCUGCUGGUGGUGGUGGUGGUGGUGGUGGUGGUGAAGAGUCGGGCCAGUUGCCGAUUUACCUAUCAAUAUACAAGCAAAAGGUGAAUCCACAUGAUCCAUUCCCGGGAUCUCCCGCCUAGGGACGUGUUGCUGAUUUGCGACUUGGUAAUGAUCAGAACGAUGCAGAGCCUGCAGUGCGAUACCCGUAAGUUUUAUUAUUCCCCACUUUUUCAUUGUAUUGGUACGAUUUCUAUUUUUGUUUCCCCCUCUCACAUUAAUAUUAAUAUCCUUCGUUUUCGCUCCAGGUUAUCCUCAAUCGCGUCCUGCUAUAUCGGCGACGUGGCCGGGCGACACAAGAAAAAGUCUGUAGUCCUACCCACAUUGGUAAUCAACCUUCGCGCCGAACCAUCUCUGUCAUCAUCCCGCUCCUUUCGUCGGCGAAGUCAUGACCUGCCGCUAAAAGAGAGCGCAAAGAGGGAGUUUCCGGGAAAGGAAACGCUGCUCUUCAGACCGGGGUCGGAGACCGAUUCGCUGGAAAGAUGGACGCGGGAAAUUCAGUCCCAUCUGAUACCUAGUUCAUCACACUCCAAUGCAACGGUAAACACCCUGGAAUCCGCGUUCCGGGAGAAAUUCAGCGAUCCCGAUGACGUGCCUGGCCCAUCGUCAUCGCUGUUCAUCGUUAAUGGCGAGCCGACCACAGCGCUGCUUAGCCCCUCGCUGCGCUCAAUGGCUAGCAACCUGUCAAGCAUAGACUCGGAAGAUAACGGCAGUCUGCUGAGUAGCCCAGCGUCGGAAAUGAACUCGCCAAAGGACCCAGACAGAGUGGACCGCCGGCCGAGCCUGCACAUCGCGACUAAGCUCCGAAACUACGUAGGCCCAGCAUCGCCCGCGUCACCCGAUAUGGCCAGCGCCAACAUUUACCGUAGUAUGCACGCAGCAUCCCUAAACCCCACCCGCCCCACCUCUCCCACCACCGAUCCGGCGCCCGCCCGCCGAGAGACCAUCCUAGACCGGUUCUUCUCGACAGCCCCGUCCAGCCCAUCAACAACUUCGGCCCCGGUUCCCAUGAACUCAAUAGCCCGCUUCGAGGCGCUAAUCAAAGACAUGGAAUCCGGCGAGCUCCACGCCCCCGACGAAUCACUAAGCAUAAGAAACCACCCUCGCCGAAUCCCGAGCCCGACCCAGCGCGCACUGGAAUAUGUCUCAACCGGCUACCUGGACGAAUCCUCCCCUUCCCCUACCACCCCUUCAUUUUCAUCAUCUAACAGCACCAUGGAUCCCGUCGACACCGCCCGCCUUUCCCCGGACGACCCCCGGCUCCCUUCCCCCCUGACCGAAUCCCUCGGGCUGACACUCUCGCGCCAGCCCUCGGAAGCCUCGCUGGGCACGACAACUAGUGUUGCAAACUCGCAGGGAGAGACUCAGUCGCAGUCGCUCAGCGUGUCGAAUAGCAAGCGCCACUCACUCGCCGACUUUUCCGUGAUGCGCAUCGCCACACCCCCUGUUUUUCAGCUCGCAGCGUCGAGGAGGGGGUCGUAUGCCGAUAUUCCGAAGACAUCGGAGUCGUACGAUGAUGGGCCGGCGCCGCUUGCCACCCAGAAUUUCCCGCCGCAUCCCAGGGUUGCCAGGGCGCUAUUUGGAGGGUUCUCGUUUUGA